AUGAUGACUGAAAGCAAUAACCUGCUGUACCACCCGCACGGCGCAGGGUUUGAUCGUCUCGAGGAGAUGGAAGGUGGAGCAUUGACACGAUAUCCAGUUUUACGAUCGGUUCCAGCGCACAUUCCUCGUCCUUGGAGCACACGUGGUGCAAUAGCCCUUCUCAUGGUGUGUGGCGUGAUAUUCGGAGCCAUCGCGAUAGCCACUUUAAACGGAUCUUCAAGUGAGGCCACCGCUGCGGAUACUGCCGAGGCGACGAGUGCAGAAGGAGUGUCGAUUGUUGGUGGGUCGGGGCCUGACUCAGGCAGCUUUGAAGCUGGUACUGUGGACACGGAGUCGUCGUGGCUGGAUGACUCCAAUCUUAAUUCAAAGGCUGACAGCAAUUCGAACGACUCAUCAAAAGACACAGCAGUCGAUACAGCAAGUAGCUCAACUGCUAUUUCUCAGGACUCCCAGCAAGAAGAGUCGGCUAGUAGCUCGGAUGACAGCAUGGCUGAUUCGUUUUUCAAAGAUGUGCUGGACGGAGACUCGCAGUUCGGGUCGUUUCAGAGCUCGACGUCAGAUGCUUCCGAUUUUGAUGAUGCUUCGGCAGACAGCGAGGAAAAUGUUGUGAUCUCCGCAUCUGAUUCCCAAGAUGCUUCCAUGGACAACUGGUUCAGCGAGUCUACUUUAGGUUCACUAGGCGCCGAAAGUGCUUCAACAUCUGACUGGCAGACUUCAUUGUCAAAGGGUGAUGAAACUAGCGACUCCACAACUAGUUCCACAGACAGUUCCAUAGAUUCCUAG